AUGUCCGACACCUUGAAGGUCGCUCUCCUCAUCGUCUCCACAACAGCAGCCAAGGACCCUUCUACAGAUGCCUCAGAACAGGCCUUGAGCGAUGUGCUCAAGUCUGAAGGCGGUGGAAGAUGGGAGCUUGCCGACACCAAGAUAGUGCCGGAUGAGGUGACUCAGAUCCAACGGCAGAUCAUGCUAUGGGCAGACGGUGCGGCCGAGGGGUUCAACCUCAUUUUGACUACCGGUGGCACCGGCUUCGCGACAUCUGAUAGUACCCCAGAGGCCGUCUCGCCAUUGCUGCAUAAGCUCGCACCAGGCAUCGUACACGGUAUGCUGGCAGCUUCUUUGAGCGUCACGCCUUUCGCGAUGAUGUCUCGUCCAGUCGGCGGUGUCAGAAAUAAGUCAAUCAUCGUAACAUUACCCGGCUCGCCGAAGGGGGCCAAGGAAAACUUACAGGCCAUACUGAAGACACUACCACAUGCGUGCCUUCAAGCUGCCGGCAUGGACUCGAGGACAUUACAUGCCGGUGGCGUGAAGAAGCUUGAGGCUGACGCGGGUAUCACCUCCGGAGGUGGGCAUGCUCAUGCACACGAUCAUCACCACGGUCAUAGCCAUGAUCACAGUCAUAAACACGGACACGGUCACGGGCACGGAGGUCUUGUGCGACAUACAGCCCCUAGCUCGAAUCCAAUGUCAAACGAUCCCAGCCUUGGGCCCAGUCGGAGAAACAGAGAGUCUCCCUACCCUAUGCUCUUGGUCGAUGAUGCCCUCAACAAGAUCAAAGAACAUACUCCACCGCCGGUAGUCAUCAUCUCGAAAGUGGACGGAACACUGCCUGGGUCUGUACUCGCCGAAGAUGUCCGGGCCAGAGCGAACGUGCCUGCAUUCAGAGCGAGCAUCGUCGACGGGUAUGCCGUCGUCGUACCCAAGGAUGGCAACAUGAAAGGUGUCUUCCCUGUCGUGUCUGUCUCCCACGCUGCUCCAGGCGAAGCGAAACCACUUAAGGAAGGCGAGAUUGCCAGAAUCACUACAGGGGCGCCGCUACCUCUCGGCGCUACUUCUGUCAUCAUGGUCGAAGAUACAGUUCUGAAGACCAUGACGGAGGACGGCAAGGAAGAAAAAGAGGUUGGGAUACUCGCCGACGGUGUCAAGGAAGGAGAGAAUGUUCGCGAGGUCGGCAGUGAUAUCAAGGCCGACUCUGUUAUCCUUAGCAAGGGCGAACAAGUGUCCGCAGUCGGUGGCGAGAUUGGUCUCCUAGCUGCCGUAGGAGUCGCUGAGGUUAAGACCUACCGAAAGCCUGUCAUAGGUGUGCUGUCCACCGGAGACGAGAUCGUGCAGCAUGACCGACCAGGAGAGCUGCGGCUCGGGGAGGUGCGCGACACGAAUCGCAUCACCUUGAUGUCGGCAGCGCGAGAACACGGCUUCGAAGUCGUCAAUCUCGGCAUCGCAGCCGACACGCCCGGGACCCUGGAACAGACACUGAGGGCUGCGCUGCGUCGCGUAGAUCUCAUCAUCACGUCUGGCGGCGUAUCCAUGGGUGAGCUCGACCUGUUGAAGCCCACAAUCGAGCGAUCCUUAGGGGGCACCAUCCACUUCGGCCGCGUCUCCAUGAAGCCGGGCAAGCCCACCACCUUCGCCACCGUCCCCGUCAAGGAUAAUAACGGCGAGCGCGUCUCGAAGGCCAUAUUCUCCCUGCCGGGCAACCCGGCCUCGGCCAUUGUCACGUUCCACCUAUUCGUCCUGCCGUCGCUGCAUCAGAUGUCGGGCAUAUCGCCCGCGGGCCUUACGAAAGUCCCCGUCAUCCUUGGCCACGACUUCCCUCUCGACAAGGCUAGGCCAGAAUACCACCGCGCCAUCGUCUCGGUCGGCCGGGAUGGUGUCCUGACGACUAGCAGUACGGGCGGGCAGCGGAGCUCGAAGGUUGGGAGUCUUCGGGGUGCCAAUUGCCUGCUGGCCCUGCCUAGUGGCAAGGAGCCGCUCAAGAAGGGGGCGAAGGUCGAUGCUCUUUUGAUGGGGGGAGUUAGGAGCGAGUAG